UUUCCAGCAGUCCUACGAUUGUGUGUGGAGGGGAGAAUUUCAUUAUUUCCUCACUUCAGGACAUUGAAUACACAAGCCUACACACAUGCGUGGUCUUUGGUAUUUUUUCCUCUCAGUCCUGACACAAGUGUCAUGUCAUGUCAUCGGCCUCUCUGGGCACAAUGUCACCCUGCCCUGUAAGUACGACACCCAAACCUAUGGAGUCCUCAGCUUCUGUUGGGGGCGAGGGAAGGUGCCCCAGUCCAAGUGCUCCAACACCAUCCUGUCCUCAAAUGAUGGGACUGUAGACUUCAGACAGUCCCCAAGGUAUCAGCUGCUGGGCAGGUUAACGGAGGGUGACGUGUCCCUGACCAUCAUGACCGCUGAGCUGAGUGACGCCGGCAUGUAUGGCUGCAGGGUGGAGAUCCCCGGGUGGUUUAAUGACCAUAAGCUCAACACACGGCUGGUCGUGGAAGAAGCUUCUGAGGAAAAACCUGUUACAGAGGAGUGGAUCCUCACUACUGCUGAGGCACAAGAAAUACUUGCCCCAUCCACAUCUACCAAUACCGAAGCUGGCGACCCAAAAUUUGCCAGAGUUGUCAUUGCAACAACAGAGGAAGAAUUCAAAGCAUUCCUGGGACUGGGCAACAUCGGCCGGGUUGCAGCUAUUUUCCUCCUCUCCAUAAUCAUAAUCCUCGUCUCUAUUUUCUGGAGAGGAUUUCUGCCAAGGAGGACACUUGAACAUCUCAGCACCUCAGCAGCUGAAAACAUUUAUGAAAGCAUACCCUGCGGUGUCUAAGAGAUAGACAACAUUACGUGAGCAGAAGCGUCUAUAGAUUUCUAUAAGGAACUGCUAAGUGAAUGUGUCUGCUUGUCAUUAGCUGACUUUAUCCUCCGCUUUAGAGAGAAACCUUUGAACUGCUAUCUGUUCAUCAGUAAGUAGACGUGCUUAUAUUUAAGCAGCUUACAAUCCCACUCUUCUCAGAUUGCACUGAGAAAAAACUAAUGUGUCACAGAUGUGGCUGAGAAGAUACAAAAAUAUCCUGUGGAUUUAUUAAUUUGCUCUUAAUUUUCUGUCUGUUUUUAUGGCAAACAGCCCAUUAAAGCUGUGGAGAGAUUAUACCUGUGGACACAAUGCCAUCUACUGGACCUAGAGUAUUAUAUCCAAAUAAACAGAAACUUUAGCCUUUAAGAAGAUGUUUAAACACACUUUGUGGAAGGAUGGAAGGAGAGGGUGGAUAAAGUGGAAUUGAUGCUUUGUUUAUUUUAGUCUUUUUUUCAAGUAAGAUAGAUUCAACUUGAGUUUCAAUAUUUAAAAACAUAAAAAAAAGAACAAAAUAAAAGUAGGCUAAACUAACCUAAUAAAACUGGUUUUGUGUAUUUUCUUGAAUGAAAUAUGAAAUUCAAACUGCAGACUGAGCUCAAUGUAAACUUUUACCUUUAAAUUUCAACUAUUUGUGAAUCUAGUAUGAUAUCUUAAUGUUAUCAGCAUGGGCUGACCAUGAUGUCUAAUAAACCUUGACUAUUGACC